UAGUGCAGCUUUUUACACAAAGCAGCGUAACUGUAGUGGGACACACAGGCCAUUCUGUCUGGUGUCCUGCAAUAAACUUCAGCCAGUAGAACCGAGGGAGCAGCACGUUAUCAGACAGAGCAUGAGGAUGGACUUUAAAUACUUGAAGGAGUACCUGGGCUGGCUGUACUACCAGUACCUGCUCAUCACAGGCAUAUAUGUGCUUGAGCCCUGGGAGCAGUCCAUCUUCAACUCUGUCUUCUUCUCCUCCGUGGCCAUGGUCAUCUACACCUCCUACGCCUUCUUGCCUGUACAUGUGCGCCUGGCACUCAAGUUCUUCUCCGGGAUCUGCGGGGAACAGCCAGAGAGCACCAUGGCACUCAUAAACUAAGCAGUGGAUGGAUGGCAGGAAGGAGAUUGGGAAUGAGAAGGGAGGACUCCUACCUAUGAUCUUGACAUUUGACCUUGACCUCACUUGACUCGAUGACCGUCUGACCUCUUCAGUUCUCUCACCACCCUUUCACCAUACAGUUACCCACUACUCAAUCCACAAUACUCUACUAUCUACUCAGCAAAGGAAGGCUGAGUUUAGGAUGAUUCUGUGAAAUAUUCUAGGAGAAGACCUCCCUUUACCCCCCCCCCCCCCUCUUACCCCUGGUAUUAUACAAUACAUCAUUGUAUGCUACUUUCACACCUUUGCUGUGAAACGCCUUGUUUUUUCCAGAAAUAUGAAAUGUGGUUUGUUCUUUUUUAAAUUCUUCUCACUCUGGAAUAGUGUGAGUGCACAUCACAUCUCUGUGUUUUACAUUUGCCUGCAGGUAAUGCCACUUAUCUCUGACUGUUGACAGCUGUCUGAUAUAGGGUGAGACAUUACUGAUCACAAUACAUUUACAUGCACUUAAACCCACUGGACAAUGCUAAUGAUGACCAUUGACUGCACUCCAAUUACUGAGUCAUAAAGCAAAUCUUUCCCUAGACCAGUCUCCUGCUAUACAAUUUAUUCAGAGACAUUGAGACCAGGCAAAUAUUACAAGGUUUUAAAAUGUUCCUCCCAACCCUAAAUAUGUCUGAUGAUUUGUCAAUGCAUACAUUGAUCAAACUGAACAAUCAUAUCCUUGUGUGCACAGCCCUGUCCCCCAUCUGCAGUGUUUUUACUGUUGCUAUGCUUGGCAAGAGGAAAUGUUAGCUCUCUGGUUCAGGCUUUGCUUUGUCAUUGACUUAAGGACUUUCUGAUUUAGUCUGUAUAUGAUUUGUAACUAGAUUUAUAUUGAUAUUUAUAUGCACUGGUAAAGCUUGGCUGGUUACAAUGUAAAUUACGAAAACAGUUUGUUUUCUCUUGUGGCUAUGUACAGUGCAUUCAGGAAGUAUUCAGACCACUAAACUUUUUCCACAUUUUGUUACUUUACUUUACUUUAAUACCCCAUAAUGACAAAGCAAAAACAGGUUUUUAAGAAAAAUCGUAGCAAAUCUCUUAAAAAUAAAAAACAGAAAUACCUGAUUUACAUAGGUAUUCAGGCCCUUUUCUAUGAGACUCGAAAUUGAGCUUAGGUGCAUCCUGUUUCCAUUGAUCAUCCUUGAUGUUUCUAGGUAAAUUCAUCUGAUUGGACAUGAUUUGGAAAGACACACACCUGUGUAUAUAAGCACCCACUGUUGACAAUGCAUGUCAGAGCAAAAACAAAGCCAUGAUGUUGAAGGAAUUGUCCGUAGAGCUCAGAGACAGGAUUGUGUCGAGGUACAGAUCUGGGGAAGGUUACCAAAAAAUUUCUGAAGCAUUAAAGAUCCCCAAGAACAGAGUGGCCUCCAUCAUUCUUAAAUGGAAGAAGUUGGCCGCCCGGCCAUAUUGAGCAAUCAAUGGGAGAAGGGCCUUGGUCAGGGAGGUGACCAAGAACCUGAUGGUCACUCUGACAGAGUUCCAGAGUUCCUCUGUGGAGAUGGGAGAACCUUCCGGGAGGACAACCAUCUCUGCAGCACUCCACCAAUCAGGCCUUUAUGGUAGAGUGGCCAGACGGGAGCCACUCCUCAGUAAAAGGCACAUGACAGUCCGCUUGGAGUUUGCCAAGAUUCUCUUGUCUGAUGAAACCAAUAUUGAGCUCUUUGGUCUGAAUGCCAAGCGGAGGAAACCUAGCACCAUCCCUACGGUGAAACAUGGUGGUGGGAGCAUCAUGCUGGAUCGAGGGAAAGAUGAACGGAGCAAAGUCAGAGCACUCAGGACCUCAGACUGGGGCGAAGGUUCAUUUUCCAACAGGACAACGACCCUAAGCACACAGCAAAGACAACAGAGCAGUGGCUUCAGGACAAGUGUCUGAAUGUCCUUGAGUGGCCCAGCCAGAGCCCAGAUUUGAACCCGAUCGAUCGAACAUCUCUGGAGAGACCUGAAAACAGCUGUGCAGCGACACACCCUAUCCAACCUGACAGAACCUUGAGAGGAUCUGCAGAGAAUGGGAGAAACUCCCCAAAUACAGGUGCGCCAAGCUUGUAGCGUAAUACCCACAACUCGAGGCUGUAAAAAAUGCCAAAGGUGCGUCAACAAAGUACUGAGUAAAGGGUCUGAAUACUUAUGUAAAUGUUAUAUUUCCGGUUUUUAUUUUUAAGAAAUGUUUUUUUUUUUAAAUACAGUUUUUGCAUUGUCAUUAUGGGGUAUUGUGUGUAGAUUGAUGAGGGGAAAAAACAAUUGAAUCCAUUUAACAAUAAAGCUGUAACGUAACAAAAUGUGGAAAAAGUCAAGGGGUCUGGAUACUUUUCGAAUGCACAGUACAUUACUGAAUAUGUUGUUUUCCUUCAAAUGAAAGUGCUUUUAUAUCCUUUCAGUCUAAUCAUUAGUGGUUGAGACAUUUCUGAUGGCUUGAUCACAGAGUUGCAUGAGGACAAAAGAUCACUGUGAGGCCUUAUUAAACAUUUACUGAUAUCUUUGGUAUAUUUGUCUCAUCACUGGAUUCUUCAGAAAUAAAGCAAUUUUACAAA